UUGAGGGACACGGAGUUCAAGAGAGAGUGAAAAAGCAAACAAAAAUCACAGCGCCAAACCCAAUGCACCAAAACCUACCUUGUUCCGUGUGGUAGCAUCAAUUUUCAAUAGCCGAGGUGGUGGGGUGUCCCUGUGCUUCUUCUGCUUCUCUGCUCUCUUCACCUUUCUUUUGGACCCAGAAAAACUAAAUAAAAGAAAAGAAAGUCUUCCUGUGUAUAUAUAUAUAUAAACAAGUUAGCGGGUGUUAUCAAAAUAAAAAUAUGCAGCAGCACCUGAUGCAGAUGCAGCCCAUGAUGGCAGCUUACUAUCCCAACAACGUCACCACUGAUCACAUUCAACAGUACCUGGAUGAGAACAAGUCCUUGAUUCUUAAGAUUGUGGAAAGCCAAAGUUCUGGCAAGCUCAGCGAGUGUGCUGAGAACCAAGCAAGGCUACAGAGAAAUCUAAUGUACCUAGCAGCAAUAGCUGAUUCUCAACCACAACCACCUACCAUGGCUGGCCAGUACCCGGGAAGUGGGAUGAUGCAGCAGGGAGGACACUACGUGCAGGCUCAGCAGGCGGCGGCAGCGGCAGCGGCGCAGCAGAUGACACAGCAGCAGCUAAUGGCGGCACGGUCCUCCCUCUUGUAUGCGCAGCAGCAGCCAUACGCUGCGCUCCAACAGCAAGGCCUCCACGGCCAACUCGGCAUGAGUAGUUCAGGUGGUGGUGGUGGUCUACACAUGCUGCACGGCGAAGCCAGCAGCGGAAACAUGGGAGGAGGAGGAGGAGGGUACCCUGACUUCGUGAGAGGCUCCGGUGCGGAGGGCAGGAGCAUAAUUGGAAGCAGCAGCAACAGCAAGCAAGAAAUGGGUGAAGGUCGAGGUGGCGGUGGUGGUGGUGGAAGCUCUAGUGGACACACCGGGGAAGGUGGUGAAACAAUUUACCUCAAAUCUGCUGAUGAAUGAUCAUGGAGUCAUGGCAAUUCAACUACCUAGGCUUCUUUUUUUUAGUUUAUUAAUUAGUUAGGAGAAGAAGAAGGUACGCAAUGAAUGUAAGAUUAAAUUAUCAGUAGUAGUAGUAGUAGUAGCCUCUAGCUAGGUUGGAAAAAGCCAAAAGACUUGUGUGUUUGAAGAAGAAUGUUUGGCUUUUAAUCUUUCUUGUGAUUUAUGGGAACUGGGAAUGAAGGCUAAAAAGACAAUCAACAUAGAGAGAGUGUUUCAAAGACCACUUUUUAAUUUGCCUUGACUUUUCUACCAUACUUGCAACAUAAAUGAAAUGAAAUAAAUGCAUGCCUUCACUU